GUUGGCGAGAUCACCUCCAAUCCCAAUACCUGAGUCAGUGUUCGUGGAGAUUUCUGGGAGUGAAUCUCGCUCGGGAGCUCUUUAAAGUGGCAGAUGAAGGAAUUUGGGUCUUUUCUCCUGUCUCUACGGCAAAAAAAUUAAAUUAUCUGGAUAGUAAAUAGUUUUUGGAUCAAUAAUUUAAUAUUUUAGUAGCAAUUAAAUGAUUGCAAGUGAAUAAAAAGUGAAAGCAAAAUGGUGGUAAUCUUGAUUUGAAGUCAACGAAGAGACACGCAGAAGUUGUGGAUAAUUGCAUUAAAUGUGGCAUUGUUGCUUGGUGAUCUCCUAACACGGUAUAAUUGUGACUUUGUGAGUGGUAUAGAUAUUGGGGAUUAAUUUGCAGAAAUUCGAUAGAUUCAUUAAAAAAAUUUUUUAAAGAGAUCUCCGACAAGGAAAGAAGAAAAACAAGAUGCCACGAAAACUCCUUAAGUUUCUCAUACUCUUCGACAACACAUCACUCCUGUACUUUCCGGGACAGUUUCUGUCCGGGAGGGUACUGCUCCAGUUGCAGCAUGAGACCCCUGUGCUAAGUCUGCAUUUUAAUGUAAUGGGCGAAGGUGUGGUUCAGGUGCGAUCGGCCAGACAGGAGAGGACGUAUGACAAGGAGAAUUACAUUGAUUUCCGAAUGCGCCUUCUGGGUGAUUCAGACCAUGAGCCAUCCAUUUUGUCACCCGGAAUCCACAGUUUCCCCUUCAAACUGGGUCUUCCACUUGGACUACCAUCGACAUUCCUUGGACGAUACGGCUGGAUCCAGUACUACUGCAAGGCAGCUCUGAGAGAACCAUCUGGACUCAUCCACAAAAACCAUCAAGUGUUCAUUGUCAUGAAUCCAAUUGAUUUGAACAUGGAACCGUCCAUACUAUCUCAACCGUUUAAGUGCGAUAUCGAGCAUAAAUUGGGGGUGGCUUGUGUAGGUGGUGGAGCUGUUAAGUGCCGUGUGAUUCUGGAUCGAGGUGGUUACGUUCCCGGAGAGAGUAUCUCAGUGUCAGCUCUUGUAUCCAAUGGCAGCAAUGUUACAAUCAAGAGUACUAAAGCAUCCCUCACGGAGACAAUUGAAUAUGUGGCACGUGGAAAGGUGGUGCAGACGGAAAAGAGGGAUCUUGUUACAAUUACCAGAGGAAAAGUUCGUCCAGGAGGCGUAGAUGAGUGGCAAAAUGAGACUCUCUAUGUUCCUCCUCUGCCGCCAACGAAUCUCAAAGGGUGCCAUAUUAUUAGGAUUCAGUACGAUGUCUUUUUCAUUGUGGAGCCUAAAUCCUUGGAAAAGCAGAUCAAACUCCAACUUCCCAUAGUGCUAGCCACGUAUCCAUUCCGCAAUACUUCAGGUGACAUUUCAAACACCUGGCCAGAAUCGAUACUGAAGCCUGAGACUCACUAUCCGUCCACUUUACCAAUCUUCCGACCAUGGUUGCAUGAGAAGAACGAAAAUAACUGAUAGUCGAUUGUGUUGCAACAUUACUGUGCCUUAAACUAAUUUUAACUCACAAUUAUCCUUAAGGAACUUUCUGCAAAUUGUCCCAUUUAUUUUUGUCCAGACACAACGAUACACAUUCUGUGAUACCUUUUUGGCGAAUCUCUAUUAGAAAAAAAAAUGAAUAAGUUACUGAACUGUUGAAAACUGCCCAAAAUCAUAAUUAUUCAUGAACAAGAGCAAUUUGUAAGUGUUCCAUUUUGAGGAUAAACAUUUCAUUACUAGUGAAAUAAUGAGAGAUGCAAGAGCGCUCUCUGAGUUACGAAUAUUUUAAAGAUUUUCAUUAAUAUGUGAAUAAUAAGUAUUAAUUGAAAUAAUAUAAUUUAGGGUGCCAUUA